AGGCUUAGGGUUUAAAUCCCUAUUGUAGACUGGGACAAAGACUUAGAAUUCUUGAAAUAGGACUCUUCAGAAUUGUAAUUAGUGCAGCUCUGCUUUAUUAAUUAUGUUCGGAUACUUUCACACUCUGCACGAAGUAAAAAUAGAUUUUUUAAUAAUAAAAUAACCUAUUGUUAUAAAACAGCUGUUUAUUGAAAAAUAUUAUAUACAACGUACUGCAUUGAAUGUACAAUUAUUGUAAUAAAAGGACUGAUAAUGAAAGUUUUUUUGAUGUCCAAACUUCUCUCCGGAUAGUCACAAAGACAAACUUAGAAGCAAUUGUGCAUUUAUAAAAAUCUUGUUUUGCACGUAUGCACAUAGACUUACGCCAUUUUUUUGCUUAGAAAAUAAACAUCACACCCAGACAGCACACGUGUCUAAAAGACAUGUCGUAAAGAUAUCUUUAAGACAUCUUUUAGACGUAGACGUCUUUUAGACGUGUAUGCUGUCUGGGUAAUUUAUUUAAAUUUUCUUACAAAUAAAGUAUCUCAAAAACUUUCAUUAGGACGAACUGAUUAACUCAUGUACGUGUCUUAUUCGCGGAUGUAGCACAAAGCCAGAUGUCUAAUUAAAGAUAUCGUUGUUCCUGUCAUAUACGCAUACACGUAUAUACAUACGUGUACUUUAGACAUUUUGCAUAUUGUUCAGAUUGAAUUUCUCUUUCAAUCUUUGUUCAAAUUAAAUUUCAAUGGUUAAGUUAUUUUUAAAUAGCCAGUAACUCGAAGAAUAAUUUUACACGUACAAUAUAUCGCACAGUCCUCUAUCUAAUAGUAAAAUAUACACUUAGCAAAUUCUAAUAAACUUACUGUUUUAUUAAAAUUUACUAAAAAUUACAUCGAAAUUUUAAAAAAGAAACACGAAAUUUGCACGUUGAUUCUAUUUCACUGUGAUACGUCAACUGCACGUUUCACUGAGGAACGCUGUUCAUAAACUAAAAUGCCUGUCUCAUUCGGUUCCCGCAAAACCCCCAUACUUUACCUCGCCAUCCGUUGUCUUUUUCACGUUGCUAUAACAAUGCAUCAUUAUCGAUGCACCGUCCGUGAAACUUUGUAGCGACGCGGCAAGUUGAUGUUCAUUUUUUGCGUUAUUACACAGUUGCCUUAACAGUUAGGUUCCGUAAAAUCCAAACUGAAAAAGAGCGACAUCAGAGAGACGAAGUGAAUUAAUAAUGAAAGACGGUAAAAAAUAUGAGUAACAUUUCAUGAAUAAAAAAUAUGAAGACCAUAGGAAUUAUUUCAUUCCUUUAAGAAUUUAUAAAUUUGCGGCCGGGCUGCACGAUAUAUGGCGGACACGUUGUAGCACGAUAUUUAUGAGAUUCUAUAUUUCGCAUUUUAGCACAUCACUUACAGAAGUUUCGCUAUGCGUUACUAGUCUUUCUGAAAAGGUCAGUUGAUUAAAGAAGGGAAAAAGACAUACAUGUCCAGUUUUAACGCAGUAUCGGACAUGGACAACUCCAAGUAUUACGAACAUGCAGAUUUAGAAUGGGCCAUCGGAAUAAAUCGCUUUACCCUGCAAAUGAUCGGCUUAUGGCCUGACGAGACAUUAAGCAGUCGACAGAAGUUCUUGGCGAAUCUACGGGCUUUCGUUAUUUUCACUACGUUGGUUACUGUGUCAAUCAUACCCUCGCUAUUUUCGCUUAUCAGAGUCUGGAGCGACAUGAUAGCGAUGAUAGACAACUUGCAAAUCACGCUACCUAUCACAGCUACCGCCAUGAAAAUCAUCAUUAUGUGGCUUCGAAAAGAAGAUCUCACAUCGGUCGUGAGCAUGGUCGUGGCAGACUGGGUCAGAACGAAGACGGAGGACGAGCGCGAUACCAUGAUAAAGCAGGCAAGGUUUGCGAGAAGAAUCGUCGUGUUCGGAUGCAUCAUGAUGGUCCUGGCGAUAAUCAUUAUCGUCAUCCCGCCGUGCUUCGGCUACUCCAUGAGAUAUUUGACGAACGUCACGGACCCGGGGCAGCCGUUGUUGCUGCAAACGUACUACUUUCGAGACAUGACGCAGAGCCCGUACUUCGAAAUCGCGUUCGUCGCGCAGACCGCAGCCGUCAUAAUGGCGGCGUUCUCUUACACGGGGAUCGACAACUUUCUGGGCCUGGUUGUAUUUCACAUAUGCGCCCAGAUGGAAAUUCUUAGGACGCGAUUUACCAAUCUACAUGAAUAUAAAGACUUCAAUCUCGGGCUGUCGACGAAUGUUCAGAAUCACAUGCGUCUUAUCAGAUCCAUCGAUAUCAUCGAAAGUACCUUCAACUUGAUGCUCCUGGCGUUGUUAGUGUAUUUCUCGAUAAUAUUUUGCCUCCAAGGCUUUCUAAUAAUUAGUAUAAUUGAUGACGGUGGCAACGUCUCCUUCCCGCGAAUAUGUUGGCUCGUCUCGGAACUCAUUAUUACGUUCGUUCAUAUGUUGCUCUACUGCGUGGUCGGUGAAAUUCUCAUCGCAAAAUGUGAAGGUAUAUAUCAUGCGGUGUACAACUACGCGUGGUAUUCGCUGAAACCAAACGAAGCCAGAAAUCUGACGAUGAUAAUGAUCCGUGCCGACAGACCUCUUUAUAUCACCGCGGGAAAAAUAUUUCCAAUGACACUGUCCAUGUUUUGUAGCCUGAUCAAAACGUCAGCCGGAUACAUAUCGGUAUUGCUAGCCAAUCGAUGAUAUUUAGACACUGGAUAAAUUGAUCGGGACAACUUUCGAUGGAAUCUGAUUUUUCGCGAUGCAAAAUGGUACCGUGUUGAGCAACGUUCAAUCGAUGCGCCAAAUGGACCUCGUUUUUCCACGUAAACGAAGUCAAUUCGUUGAUUUGAACGAGAGGAACUUUCAUGUGUAUAAUCAACCACAAUAAACGAUCGUACUCGCAUUAAGAAUGUAAUCUUUAUCAUUAAUGCUCUAUGUACUAUCUCGUCGUUUAUUUCGGGAGAUAAUACCUAAAAAUAUUCAUUUAAAU